CCUGGUCACCAAUUGCUGGCUACGCCACUGUGAACAAACCGUAUCUUAACUUUCUACAUGUAGAUCUAGGCCUAAUAACAAAUCAAAUUUCAAUCGAAAAAAAUUCCUUGCUGGGUGUAAAUUGAUCACCUUAUCAACUUAACAGUAGUCAAACUGUAUCUUACGAGUCAAGGUUUUGGAGUUAAUCCAUUGCAAAGAUAUCAGACUAUUAUAUUUGAAUUCUAAAUGAACAGAUUAACGACGAAAUAUACUCACAAAAUUCAUGUUGUCAAUUUUUGGAAAUUUUGAAAAUGACGUCAUUUUGGCGGGUAAGUAGCUACGCAAUCCGGCAGCAGUGUACUCUGACAACAAAAAUUGAAUGAAUUGGGGAGCCUGUUUUAAGUCGAUUUAUAACAGAAUGAGCAAAUAUUCAAGCAAGUACACCGAUGAUAUCGAUUCAGAAAUAGAUGAGAAAUUUAGAAAUAUAACAUUGAAACAAAACAAUUGUGAAACAAGUAUGCCUAUGACGAAUGGAAAAUCUUCGAUUUCAAAUGAUCUUGAACAUCACCAUGGAAAACAUGAAAAUCCUAAAAAAUCAGAUCACGGUGAUGAAAAGGAAGAUGACUUAGAAACUGUGGAUAAAAUGGCUGACUCUUAUAGAAAUAUCCUUGCAUUGGUCGGAGAAGACCCGAGUAGACAAGGCCUACUAAAAACGCCCGAAAGAGCUGCUAAAGCAUUAAUGUUUUUCUGUAAAGGUUAUAACGAAAAAAUAGGUGAUGUGCUUAAUGAUGCUAUAUUUGACGAGGACCACGAUGAGAUGGUGAUAGUGAAAGAUAUAGAGAUGUUUUCAAUGUGCGAACAUCAUUUAGUCCCAUUUAUAGGCAAGGUAUCAAUCGGUUACAUUCCAAACAAACGAGUACUAGGACUAAGUAAAUUAGCCAGAAUAGUUGAAGUUUAUAGCAGGAGACUUCAGGUUCAAGAAAGGCUAACAAAGCAAAUAGCUGUAGCAAUUACUGAGGCAAUCCAGCCAACAGGAGUAGGGGUGAUCAUUGAAGCUUCACACAUGUGUAUGGUGAUGAGGGGGGUCCAGAAGCUGAAUAGCAGGACUAUAACCAGCACAAUGUUAGGAGUUGUACGUGAGGAUCCUAAAACAAGAGAAGAGUUCCUCAGUCUAACAAAGGACAGAUAGGCAAAUGCAUAGUAGUAUGUUCACAAAUAUUCCUAGUUGCUCUAAUACUUUUGUGUUAUAAUACUAAGGGAUAUUUUCUAUCCUCUCUGAUAUUAAGUCCUGUUGGGACUCUGGUAGUUCCUGUGUUAGUGAUUAUUGCUUCGACCUAGAAUUAGUGCCAAUAAUCAACCUUCAG